UGUUGAUUUCAGGAAAUAAGUUUGAGGAAUCUAGCAAUAUGAGGGCCCUGGUAGAGACUCCCGUUUGCAGCUCGCACCGAGCUUCUUCAUCUGGCAGACAGCUUCUCAACGCUGCAAGGCCUGUCCAUACUGGCCGUUGCCGGCCGCAUGCUCUCAGAUCGCUCGCAGUAGCAGCUGUGGAUACCAAGAAGCAAAGCAGGCUAGCGUUUGUCGACCUGCAGCCUCCCGAUCCGAUUCUUGGUGUGAGCGAGGCCUUCAAGCGCGACACCAAUGACUUGAAGCUCAAUCUUGGCGUGGGAGCAUACCGAACGGAGGAGCUGAAGCCCUACGUCCUCAAUGUUGUGAAAAAGGCUGAGAAGAUCAUGCUUGAAAGCGAGGAGAACAAGGAGUACCUGCCCAUCCAGGGGCUGGAGGCCUUCAACAAGGCCACCGCCGAGCUGCUCCUGGGACAGGACCACCCCGCCAUCAAGGAGGGUCGCAUCGCGACGCUGCAGUCUCUGUCGGGAACGGGGUCUCUGCGAGUGGCCGCGGAUUUCAUCGCCAAGUUCCUGCCGGGGACGACCGCGUACCUGUCAAACCCCACCUGGGGCAACCAUAAGAACAUCUUCGCGGAUGCUGGGGUGGAGUGGAAGUGGUACCGCUACUUUGACCCCAAAACUGUCGGCCUCGACUUCGAGGGCCUCAUGGAAGACAUCCGCGCGGCGCCCGAGGGAUCAGUCAUCGUGCUGCACGGCUGCGCUCACAACCCUACCGGGGUGGACCCUACAAGGGAGCAAUGGGAGAAGAUCGCUGACCUGGUCAUCGAGAAGAACCACCUGCCCUUCUUCGACGUGGCGUACCAGGGGUUUGCUUCUGGCAGCCUGGACGAUGACGCGUGGGCACCGCGUUACUUUGCCGGCCGCGGCAUUGAGCUGCUCGUCGCGCAGUCCUACUCCAAGAACCUGGGUUUGUACGCGGAGCGUGUUGGCGCGAUCAAUUUCGUGCUGAGCGAUGCUGAGGCGGCCAAGCGGGUGAUGAGUCAGCUCAAGCGAAUCGCGCGCGCCCUCUACUCGAACCCCCCUGUGCACGGUGCGCGCAUCGCCAGCCUGGUGGUGAGCCGGCCGGAGCUCUUCCAGGAGUGGAACGAGGAGAUGGAGUACAUGUCCGGCCGCAUCAAGGACGUGCGGCAGGUGCUGCAUGACGAGCUGGCGAAGCUGAACGGCGACAAGGACUGGUCCUUCAUCCUGCGCCAGCUUGGCAUGUUCUCCUUCACCGGCCUCAACCCCGCACAGGUGGACAACAUGACUAACAAGCACCAUAUUUACAUGACUAAGGACGGCCGCAUCUCGCUGGCAGGCCUGCCCUCCAGCAAGGCCGCCUACCUGGCAGCCGCCAUCGAUGACUCAUUCCGGAACUACUGAACCGCGCUAUACUACGAGUGGGAUUAGUCAUGUGGAUGUCUCAUUGGUCGUCACAGUGACGUGACGCUCUUUGCUGAUGACUCAUGUCUCUUGCAUGUAUUCAACCAGAAUGCACAUAUUCUUUGGCUGUCCGGUGCCUCAAUCCGCUCAGUAUGCUUGACUGCAAAGUUUCGCGUGUCAGGUACAAUGAAUGCACUUGUGUUGGCCUGUCUCUUGGGAGCCAUCAAAUGAAUGGAUGUAAUGGCGGGGUUGCCACAGGC